UCGUGGACAAUUUUGUGAAAAAGUGUAGUGAAAGUUAGCAGAGACUGCAGAAAAAUACUCCCAGAAGCAUGACUCUGGCAACUGCCCUCAUCAGACCCUGCCUGGGAAAGAGAAUCAAUGGGGUGAUGUAUUUGAUGCUACGCAGAUAUUCAACUCCAUCUCCUGCCAAGAACACCCAGGAAUCUUCAUUGGCUUCUGCCAGGACACAGCAUGAGGUGUCAGCGGAUGUUAAGCCCUUGGGUGAGAGGAUUAAGGAGAAUACCAAGACUGCCAGCUAUACGGGAGUCAUACUGUUGGGAAUAGGUGUGACAGGGGCUCUUUUCUACACAAUCUUUAGGGAAUUAUUCUCCUCAACUAGUCCCAACAGUGUCUACUCGAGCGCUCUGGAGAAGUGUAUCAAUGAUCCGAGGGUUCAGGACAGUUUGGGUGCCCCCAUAAAGGGCUAUGGGGAAGAAACUAGUCGCAGAAGACGGAGGCAUGUGGCACAUUCCGUGUUCCAGAGGGACGGUGUCAAUCACAUGCGAAUGCAAUUUUACAUUCAAGGCAUCAGGAACAAGGCCACAGUUCAUUUAGAAAUGAAGGAAAACUCAGCUGGAAGUUACGAUUACAGAUAUAUGUUUGUCCAAUUGGAUCACUAUCCGAAAACAACAAUUAUUUUGGAGGACAAUCGUACGCAGGAUCCACAGAAAAAUGCUCCACUGCCAAGUCUUUACUGAUUUAUUGGAUGAGUUUUCAAUUUGUUCUUUUUGCAAAAUAAAAAGGUAUGUUUUAUUGUU